AUGGCAAUGUCGAAGCAGCAGCUUGCUGGUAAACUAGCGAAGAAAACUUUAUCAUUAGAUGAUAAGAUCAAGUUUUUGGAUUUCGCCAAAAAAAAUCCAGAACUUGGAUGUAGAAAACUAGCAGACAUUUACAAGAUUGGAAAGACAGCCGCAGCAAAUAUUUUAAGAGACGAAAAGAAAAUUCGUGAACAACAUGAAAUUUUUCGUGAGAAAACAAAAAAACGUAACCGCCAUGGCAAGUAUCACAAGAUAAAUGAGAUCUUAUUCGAAUGGUACAAAAGAUGUUGCGCUUCUAACAUCUACCCUAAUGGUGUAAUGCUUAAAGAGGAGGCGUUGGAAAUUAAGGAAAAACUUCAGAACAGCGAUUUUGAUAAUUUCUCCGCCUCUGACGGUUGGUUGGAUCGUUGGAAAACAACAUAUUCCGUCAAAGAACGUCGUAUUGUUGGUGAAGCUGGUGACGUUUCUACAGAAACAGUUACUUCCUGGAUGGAGAGGAUCAAAGAAUUGGUUGAAGGUUAUUCACUAGAAAAUAUUUGGAACAUGGACGAGUCUGGCUGUUUUUUUAAAGCUCUACCGGCCAAAGGGUUAGUGGAAAAAGGAAAACAAGCAAAAGGUGGGAAAAAGUCAAAGCUUAGAUUAACUGUCGCUUUUUUUGUAAAUGCAGCUGGGGAAAAGAUCGACCAGCCUGUUGUUAUCUGGAAGAGUAAAGUCCCGCGUUGUUUUAAAAAAUUGAAAGAUCCAUCGCGUCCAGCUAACGUUCACUACUUUUCAAAUCCUAAAUCUUGGAUGACAUCUCAAGACAGAAAAGUUAUUCUUUUUCUGGACAACGCCACCUGUCAUCCGGAGUCAAUGAUAGGCCAGUUUUCACAAAUCAAAAUCAUUUUCUUACCGAAGAACACAACUUCAAGGCUUCAACCACUCGAUGCGGGGAUCAUCCAAAACUUCAAGGUGAAGUACAGAAAAAGACUGGUCAAAUACGUGCUUGCAAGGAUCCAGGAGAAUAAAUCUGCAACUGAAAUUAUCAAGAGCGUAGACAUACUUAUGGCUAUUCAAUGGGUUCAAGAUGCGUGGAAAGAAGUAACCAACUUGACCAUCAAAAAUUGUUUCGAGAAAUGUGGCGUAGUUCAAGGAGAAAGUGAAUUGAUGGAAGAUCAAGAAGAUGACUUGGAAUUUGAAGCUCUGGUGAAGGAAUUAACUGAAGAUAUGUCUGCUGCAGAAUACAUCGAUUUUGACGCCGAUGUUCCAGCUUCGGAGCCAAGAAUUAACGAAUUAGAAAUAAAUUGGCGACAUCAAAUCCGAGAAGCUAGCAUUAACGCAAUUGAAAAUCCAGAGAUGGCAUGUCAGGUCGAAGAGAUUUCCGAGGAUGAUGAUGGGAGUGAAGACGUGGUUGAAAAAGAAAUGCUUGGUUUCACCGAGCUAAUCACUAUGCUUGAUAAAAUUAAGCGAUCUACUAUUUUUGAUGAUACAUGCCAAGAAAUGUUGUCAACCAUUACGAAAAAGAUUGAGGAACUUCAGCUUCAAAAUAGAAAACAAUCCUUAAUCAAAGAUUAUUUCAAAUAG